AGCAAAACCACACAGCAGAGCGCGCGCACACACACCGCCCCCCAACCCCAAAACGAAACAAAAAGAAAAUCAAAUUUCUUGCGAGCCCCUAUACCCCUCCUCCUCGUGUCCACACCCACAGCCAAAGCGCAACCGCAAAGCAACACCCCCUUCCCCGCUCACUCUCCUUGUCGCCACUCUCCUCUCCUCGCCGAGAGUGUGACCCCUGCGUGUUCUGAGCCUGAGCCCCGCUUUCCCUCUCAUCCAUCCUCUUCCCCAACAGAAAACCCCAAUGCAUCUCCGGCUUCUCCCGCUGCUCCUCGUCCUGCUGCUCGCCGGUGCCGGGGUUGGCGCGGCAGCCGAUGGCGACGCGGACGCGCUGCUGGCGGCGAAGGCGGCGCUGUCCGACCCCACCGGCGCGCUCGCGUCCUGGGCGGCGCCGAAGAAGAACGAGUCGGCGGCGCACUGCGCGUGGGCCGGCGUCACCUGCGGCCCCCGCGGCACCGUCGUGGGCCUCGACGUCGGCGGGCUCAACCUCUCCGGCGCCCUCCCGCCGGCGCUGUCCCGCCUCCGUGGCCUCCUCCGCCUCGACGUCGGCGCCAACGCCUUCUUCGGCCCCGUCCCUGCCGCGCUCGGCCACCUCCAGUUCCUCACCCACCUCAACCUCUCCAACAACGCCUUCAACGGCUCCCUCCCCCCCGCUCUCGCGUGCCUCAGGGCGCUCCGCGUCCUCGACCUCUACAACAACAACCUCACCAGCCCGCUCCCCCUCGAGGUCGCGCAGAUGCCGCUGCUCCGCCACCUGCACCUCGGCGGCAACUUCUUCUCCGGCCAGAUUCCCCCCGAGUACGGCCGCUGGGCCCGCCUGCAGUACCUCGCCGUCUCCGGCAACGAGCUCUCCGGCACCAUUCCGCCCGAGCUGGGGAACCUCACGAGCCUUAGGGAGCUAUACCUUGGGUACUACAACAGUUACUCCGGUGGCCUCCCGGCGGAGCUGGGGAACCUCACAGAGCUCGUACGGCUCGACGCCGCCAACUGCGGUCUCUCUGGGGAAAUCCCGCCGGAGCUUGGGAAGCUGCAGAAGCUCGACACGCUCUUCUUGCAGGUGAACGGCCUCAGUGGUUCCAUACCGACGGAGCUGGGGUAUCUUAAGAGCCUUAGCUCAUUGGACUUGUCCAACAAUGUGCUCACCGGCGUGAUACCGGCGAGCUUUUCCGAGCUCAAGAACAUGACGCUGCUCAACCUGUUCCGCAACAAGCUGCGUGGUGACAUCCCCGACUUUGUUGGCGACCUGCCAAGCCUCGAGGUGCUGCAGCUGUGGGAGAACAACUUCACCGGCGGUGUGCCCCGCCGUCUCGGCCGCAACGGCCGCCUCCAGCUGGUCGACCUCUCGUCGAACAAGCUCACCAGCACGCUGCCGGCAGAGCUCUGCGCCGGGGGCAAGCUGCACACGCUUAUCGCCCUCGGCAACUCUUUGUUCGGCUCCAUCCCAGACUCCCUCGGCCAGUGCAAAUCGUUGAGCCGUAUACGUCUAGGGGAGAACUACUUGAACGGCUCAAUUCCGAAGGGGCUCUUUGAGUUGCAGAAGCUGACUCAGGUGGAGCUGCAAGAUAACCUCCUCACCGGCAAUUUCCCGGCUGUGGUUGGCGUUGCAGCGCCUAAUCUGGGGGAGAUCAACCUGUCCAACAAUCAGCUCACCGGUACAUUGCCGGCAUCUAUUGGAAACUUCUCUGGUGUUCAGAAGCUGCUUCUUGAUCGGAACUCCUUCUCCGGUGUGAUGCCUGCUGAGAUUGGGCGGCUGCAGCAGCUCUCCAAGGCUGACCUUAGCAGCAAUUCAAUUGAGGGAGGUGUUCCGCCGGAGAUUGGGAAAUGCCGGCUGCUCACUUACUUGGACUUGAGCCGGAACAACCUCUCUGGGGAUAUACCUCCGGCAAUCUCUGGGAUGAGGAUACUGAACUACCUCAACUUAUCCAGGAACCACCUUGAUGGAGAGAUACCUCCAUCCAUUGCGACAAUGCAGAGCUUGACAGCGGUGGACUUCUCAUAUAACAACUUGUCUGGGCUUGUUCCGGUGACUGGCCAGUUCAGCUACUUCAAUGCCACAUCUUUCGUUGGCAAUCCAAGCUUGUGUGGACCAUACCUUGGCCCAUGCCGCCCUGGCAUUGCUGAUACUGGUCACAACACCCAUGGCCAUCGCGGGCUGUCUAGUGGUGUCAAGCUGAUCAUUGUGCUCGGCUUGCUUCUUUGCUCCAUUGCAUUUGCUGCCGCGGCAAUUCUGAAGGCACGGUCAUUGAAGAAAGCCAGUGAUGCACGUAUGUGGAAACUAACUGCAUUCCAGCGCCUUGAUUUCACCUGUGAUGAUGUGCUUGAUUCCCUGAAAGAGGAGAACAUUAUUGGCAAAGGCGGAGCAGGAACUGUGUACAAGGGAUCAAUGCCCAAUGGUGAUCACGUGGCCGUGAAGAGGCUCCCAGCAAUGGUCCGUGGCUCAUCACAUGAUCAUGGAUUCUCAGCAGAGAUACAAACACUAGGGAGGAUCCGGCAUCGCCAUAUUGUGCGCCUGCUAGGCUUCUGCUCAAACAAUGAGACUAACCUGCUGGUCUAUGAGUAUAUGCCCAAUGGCAGUCUUGGGGAGCUGCUCCAUGGCAAGAAGGGCGAGCACCUGCAUUGGGACACUCGGUACAAGAUUGCCAUUGAGGCUGCCAAGGGUCUAUGUUACCUGCACCAUGAUUGUUCACCGCUGAUACUUCACCGUGAUGUCAAGUCGAACAAUAUACUUCUUGACUCUGACUUUGAAGCUCAUGUGGCCGAUUUCGGGCUGGCUAAAUUCUUGCAGGAUACCGGCGCAUCUGAAUGCAUGUCCGCAAUUGCUGGCUCAUAUGGCUACAUUGCUCCAGAAUAUGCAUACACCCUGAAGGUCGAUGAGAAGAGUGAUGUGUAUAGCUUUGGUGUUGUGCUUCUUGAGCUUGUCACUGGGAGGAAACCAGUAGGUGAGUUUGGCGAUGGUGUCGACAUUGUCCAGUGGGUCAAGAUGAUGACGGACUCAAACAAGGAGCAAGUGAUGAAGAUCCUGGACCCAAGGCUCUCGACCGUGCCGCUGCACGAAGUCAUGCAUGUCUUCUAUGUUGCGUUGCUCUGCAUCGAGGAGCAGAGCGUGCAGCGCCCGACAAUGCGGGAGGUUGUGCAGAUCCUCAGUGAGCUCCCAAAGCCUGCUUCCAACCAAGGAGAAGAGCUCCCACACUUCGACGAAGGUUCUGCUUCCAGCCCUCCGGCUCCAACCAGUUCCAGUGAAGCAGCACCAACCACCGACGCAAAAGAUCAGCAACUGCAUCAAACAGGCUCGGAGUCAUCAGCUCCUCCUGAUCUCAUCAGCAUCUGAUGAUCCAAGUCUUGAAAUGCUACCUUCGUCGCCACACAAAAAAAAAAUUGCGAGCUUCGAUCAUGCAAACUUAGGUCCGAGUCUAGGGCGUGUUAAGUUUCAAGACUAAUUGUGCUGUACAUAUUCAAGCCUUGGUGUUGGGUGUCCUGUUUGAUGUUGUUUGCUUUGCUGCUGUAAUGUAGGUCACUGUAGUGAGUUAAUGUACUCUUAGAGCUCUUGAUCCUCUUUUCUCCAAUGUAGCCAUUUAAUGUCAAGUGCAUUUCCUAUCCUGUUCAGCAUGAAGGAAGGAUCGAAUCUAAUCUUUGUUGUGGAAGAACCAAGAACAAAGAUCCUUUUUAAAGUA